AUGGAUUCAAAGCACGUGCCGGUCUAUAGUGUAAGAGCUAUAACGAUUAAAGAUCCCAAGAACUAUCACGAGGAGACGAAGGACCCUCGAGCCAAGUAUUGGAAGGAGGUAAUGCGCACAGAGAUUGACGCAUUGGAGCAGAAUUAUUCGUGGGAAGUGAUACGAAAGCCACGUGAAGCAAAGCUACUUCAUAGUAAGUGGGUUUACAAGCUCAAGAUGCACGCUGACGGCACGAUCGAAAGAUACAAGGCGAGGUUGGUGGCUCGAGGAGAUGAACGAGUUUAUGGUAUCGAUUAUACCUACACUUUCUCGACCAUUUUGGAAAUAGUUUCUGGCAAAUUGAUUCUUGCCGUUUCAAGAAUUUGGGGAGUACCUGCGCAACACGGCGAUGUGCCGAGUGCUUAUGUCAAAGCCGAAAAAGAUGAAGGCUUGGAGAUUCUUCUCCAUAUUCUGAAAGGUACGGAUAUUGAGGCCAAGUUGUUGGACAAGUUCGGAGUGCAGGAUAAGGGAAAUCUUGCACUGACGCUAAAAAGGGUCUGUAUGGACUUAAACAGUCUGGAAGAUUGUGGAACCUGA